AUGGUGCAAAGUUACUUUUUAAGGCUGGUACUACAUCAGGUGAUUAUCACGAACAGUGUUAAUUUUGAGAAGUGGGCCACUGAUAUGUUAAUCCCUAAUCCACCACAAACCAGCGUUGUUGUGAUGGACAACGCACCGUAUCAUAGUGUACAAGACAAUAAAGUCCUAACAAAGUCUAGCACCAAAUCAGUAAUGUUGGAAUGGUUAACCAAGAACAAUUUCGAAGCUUCACUUACUAUGAGAAAAGAUCAGCUCUUUUACUUGGUUCAGUUACAUAAACCUACGGAAAAAUCUUUUAAAAUCGAUGAAUUCAUCAGAAGUCAAGGCCAUAUCGUAGUAAGACUACCACCGUACAUGUGCGACCUCAACCCUAUUGAGUUGGCUUGGGCAAAAGUAAAAAGAAUUGUAAGGCAUCACAAUGUUACUUCUGAUUUCUCCCUAAAAAGGUUAAAAGAAGUUACGGAGCUGGUUCUCUCUCAGGUCACAGAGGAAGAUUGGCGUGGCUUCGACGAUCACGUCAUAAUUUUAGACGAAAAUUAUUGGCAAAGAGAUGGAUUAAUGGAAGAUACCAUAGAUCGAUUCGUAAUUGAGGUCAGCGAUGGUGAGGAUAGUGACACCGAUUCAACAAAGUCUGCCAUUUCAGAAUCUGAUGCUGCAUAA